CGCACGUGACCCCGCCCCAGCCCAGCUCUCAGCCCCGCCCCUCCCGCGCUCCGCCCACAGGAGCGUCCUGGGCGUGACGGCGCUGGGCGCAGGCGCACUGCAUCGACGACGCGAAGGCGCUCUGCGUGUGUGGGCAGAGUAUUCUUGAAGACAUCUGCACCUUCUGACUGGGAAAAGAUGGUCAACGUUUUGAAAGGAGUGCUAAUAGAAUGUGAUCCUGCCAUGAAACAAUUUCUGCUGUACUUGGAUGAAUCCAAUGCCCUAGGGAAAAAAUUCAUCAUUCAAGAUAUUGAUGAUACUCACAUCUUCGUAAUAGCAGAGUUGGUCAACGUCCUCCAGGAGCGAGUAGGUGAAUUAAUGGACCAGAAUGCUUUUUCUCUUACCCAGAAGUGAAAAAACUAGAUACUGGAUACUCGGAAAUUACAGGAAACAAACAUGAAAAGCUAUCUCUAUUCAGUAUCUUAAUUUGAUUACUUUGAGGAUUCCCUAGGAGAAUGCUGUGGGGAAGAUUAAGAUCCUUUGUUCAUACAAAGCCCCUGAACUGAUUUUCUUGUUUAAAAAAAAAAAGUUUGAAUGUGGCUAUAAUUUGGUAAUUUGGCUUUUGUUAUCUUUUAUGAAAAUAUAAAUGUUUCUCUUA